AUGUCGGCCUUUAAAUCUGGCCAUGUCAAUGAGACAGUUGGAAGCUCUUACAGCAACUCGGGUUCUGAACACAAACAUGUUAGUGCAGAAGAAGCACUCGAUCAUGAAGGUGCAGAACAAUACGCCACAAGCGACGAACGUCGCGAGAUUGGAUUCAUCUCAGCUGUGUUCCUCAUUUUCAACCGUAUGGUCGGCACGGGAAUUUUCGCAACUCCUUCCGCUAUUCUCUCUCUCUCCGGAUCCGUUGGGCUGUCACUUUUCAUUUGGGUUGCUGGUAUGAUCAUUGCAUACAGUGGCCUGGCUGUUUACAUGGAAUUCGGUACCACCAUCCCUAGAAAUGGGGGAGAGAAGAACUACCUCGAGUACGUCUACCGCAAACCAAAAUUUCUGGUGACAGCUAUGUACGCAGGAUACGUAGUGCUGCUUGGUUGGGCCGGUAGUAAUAGCGUCGUCUUCGGGGAGUAUAUUCUUAACGCCGCCGAGGUCGAGGUUACACGAUGGAACCAGAGAGGUGUUGGAUUGGCCUGCAUCACAAGCGCCUUUCUCAUCCACGGCCUAGCAUUGAAAUGGGGUUUAAGGCUUCAGAACUUCCUGGGUGUCAUCAAGCUGCUUAUUUUGCUCCUGAUAAUUGUCUGUGGAUUCGUUGCACUUGGUGGCCAUCUCAAAAUUGAUAAACCUGACAACUUCACAAACGCGUUUGAAGGAACCACGGGUAGUGCAUAUGGUGUAGUGACGGCACUUUACAAUGUCAUUUGGUCCUACAUUGGAUACAGCAAUGCCAACUAUGCUCUUUCGGAAACUAAGGACCCCGUCAAGACACUUAAGCGCGCAGCUCCAGCAGCUCUCGCACUUGUCAGUGUACUUUACAUGCUCGUGAACAUUGCAUACUUUGCCGCCGUCCCAAAAGAAGAAAUCAUCUCUUCUGGACGCAUUCUAGCCGCCUCCUUCUUCCGCAACAUAUUCGGAUCUCGCGCCGAACGGGUCCUUUCAGUCUUCGUCGCGCUCUCAGCCUUCGGAAACGUCCUGUCAGUCAUCUUCUCUCAGGGCCGUCUAGUUCAAGAAAUAGGUCGUGAAGGUAUCCUUCCAUUCAGUAGAUUAUGGGCAUCCAACAAACCCUUUAACGCGCCCUUUAUGGGUCUCUUUGAGCAUUGGCUUGUCAGUGUGAUUAUCAUGCUUGCACCACCACCUGGAGAUGCUUACAAUUUCAUCCUCAAUGUAAUCUCAUACCCCCUGGCCGUAAUCAACGUCUUCGUGGCUGGCGCCCUCAUCCACCUCUACCUCCACCCCUUCUCCAUCCACCGCAACCCACAACAGUGGACACCACCCUUUAAAGCCACUCUCCCCGUCGCCGUCUUCUUCCUCCUGUCCAACAUCUACCUGGUCAUUGCCCCAUUCAUCCCUCCUACCGACGGCCAAAACGUCUACGAACAUCUCCCUUAUUAUCUUCACUGUCUGGUUGGUAUUGGAAUCUUCGUCGCUGGUGCGGUGUACUGGGUUAUUUGGGCGCAAAUCUUGCCGAGGAUUGGAGGAUAUGAACUUGUUAGGGAGACUAUUGUUGAGAGAGAUGGUUGGGGUAGAGUGGAGUUUGUGAAGAGGAGGGUUUAG